AUGUAUCGUCCCUUCAACGUGCUCUGCGCUCUCCUCAUAGGAGUUGCUCAGGGGACGCCUCUCAUUCGGUCGCCAACGCAUCAUGCUCGUAACCAGCAAAUCCAGUGGAGCCUCUGUGAGCCCAACGGAACCGACGCCACGGAGUGUGCUACGUUCCCUGUACCCCUAGACUACACCAAUGAAGCCUCUAAUGCUACACUGAACCUCCAGCUCACUCGGAUUCGCGCCCCGAACAGCCCUUCACGAGGAAGCGUCUUCCUCAAUUUUGGCGGCCCCGGUGACAAUGGCAAACUAGGUCUAGCUACGUACGGGCCGAUGCUACAGGCCGCUACCGGUGGCUACCACGAUCUCGUCGUCAUCACCCCAAGAGGAACGGGCAAAACCAUUCUAUUCUCCUGUUAUGCCACCGAUGAAGAAAGAGCCGCAGCCACAAAGUUAUACCCGUCCCUCGCUGGCAACGCAUCUGACGUCGCCUUGGGGUACAACAAUGUGUCGUCCCGCGUCUUUGCCGACAACUGUUAUGCAUCCCAAAACAAGACCGGUCAAUUUAUGUCUUCAGCCUUUGCGGCGCGCGACUACAUGCAGGUUAUUGACGCACUGGGUGAAGACGGACUUCUACGAUACUGGGGCCUCUCGUACGGUACUGUGUUGGGCGCCACGAUUGCCUCGAUGUUUCCGGAUAGGAUAGGCAGAGUUGUUCUCGAUGGAGUCGCUAAUCCCCAUGAAUACCAGCUAAACCGCGAUUUGCAGAUGCUCGUCGACACGGACAAGGUGCUUACUGGGUUCGCCGAGGAAUGUGUCGCUACACCCGAUAAAUGUCCGCUGGCCCGAGACCGCACUGCAUCUGAGGUUGAGGAGGCUAUCUACGAAUUGAUCGAUCAUGUGAAAUUCAAUCCUAUACUCAUCCCAGUUGCAGGCACGCCCAGCCUCCUCGACUACACUACCCUGAAAACUCAGGUUUUCAGUGUGCUUUAUUCCCCAACCGGCUGGGACGACUUUUCGACUUUUCUUAAUAACCUCAUCACGGGCAAGUUAGAGGAGGCAGGAGAAUAUCUCACCAAAAUCACAUCUGCCCCCCCCAGCUUGGACGCUGAAGCCCAGUAUGGAAUUAAAUGCAGUGACUCGUUCCGUACCGACAACACCGAGGAGGAUGUGCUCUCGCUCAUCAAGCAACGGCACGAGCUCAGCCGAAUUGGAGGAGAUGUCUCUGACUAUGUUCUCACUCGAUGUGCGGAAUGGAAGAUCCAGCCAAAGGAGCGAUACACGGGUGAUUUCCAGGCGACGACGAAGAACCCAAUCCUGGUCAUUGGCAACAGUGGUGAUCCGGUCACACCUCUCGCAGCCGCACGCAAUGUCAGCGCAGGGUUUGCUAAUAGUGUUGUGCUUGAACAUGGUGGUUAUGGGCAUGCAAGCUUCGCACAGGCAUCCCUCUGUACGGCCAAGGCCGCUCGCGCCUAUUUCAUGGACGGCACACUGCCUGAACCAGGUACCAAGUGUGAGAUCGACACGACACCUUUCUCUAGUGACAAUGGAUGGAAGAAGGUCCUCAAGGAGCUCGCGGCCGAGAGCAAAUGA